AUGAGCAGUCUCUGCUUGCUCGAACUGCAUCGAAGGGAACAGUUGAGCGAGGGAAGACUUUCAACUGAGGGAUGCGCGGAACAUGCGCGCAAGAAUCCAAAGGGACGGAAGUCACGAGGACGGACAGAGCAAUUAAGUGCAGACGAUGGAGGGGGUGUAUCGUGCCGUCGUGUUGUGGCACCAGUCCGAUCCAAAAGCGCAGCCGCAGAGCUCCGCACAUUGGAGUCCAACAUGGGCGUGUUCACGCCACACUUCAAUCUUCCAGUGCAAUGA